GUAUGUUAUUGGGUAUCAAUCCAGUGUUGCAAACGCUGCUAGGAACCUUCCUGACAUGGGGAUUGACUGCUGCAGGCUCAGCUCUUGUGUUCAUUUUUUCCAGUGGGCAGAGACGGGUCCUGGAUGGCAGCCUGGGCUUUGCUGCAGGGGUCAUGCUGGCUGCUUCUUACUGGUCCCUUCUUGCACCUGCCAUUGAACUGGCUGAGGACUCCGGGAAGUUUGGGGCCUUUGCAUUCUUCCCUGUAGUAGUUGGCUUCACUUUGGGAGCAGCAUUUGUGUACUUUGCGGACUUUCUUCUCCCUUGGCUGGGUAUCAGCGAACCACCACACACGGCUCUGGCUUUGGGCUAUGAUUCAAGUGUGGUGAAAGAGAAGUAUGAGCACCAAUCCAUCCACCACCAGGAGGAGUAUGAAAACGAGCUGUCCAUCCGGAUAGACAAAGGUGAAAAUGGUGAACCUUACCAGAGGAGGAAAGGUCCUGGAGGAAGCCAGCCCAGUGCUCCUGCUCUAUCCCACACUCUCAAGGGCAGCACCCCAGCGCCAGCAAGCAACAGCUGGAGAAGGAUCAUGCUUCUCAUCUUAGCAAUAACGAUACACAAUAUUCCCGAGGGUUUGGCAGUUGGUGUUGGAUUUGGUGCUGUUGGGAAAUCAGCAUCUGCAACCUUUGAAAGUGCCAGGAAUUUAGCAAUUGGGAUUGGAAUUCAGAACUUUCCAGAGGGGCUAGCUGUCAGCCUUCCCUUACGUGGAGCUGGAUUUUCAACAUGGAGAGCAUUCUGGUAUGGCCAAUUAAGCGGUAUGGUGGAGCCAUUAGCUGGCAUUUUUGGUGCUGUGGCUGUGGUACUAGCAGAACCUCUCCUCCCCUAUGCCCUGGCUUUUGCUGCUGGUGCAAUGGUAUACGUGGUGAUAGAUGAUAUCAUACCAGAAGCACAGAUCAGUGGUAAUGGGAAGCUGGCUUCCUGGACCUCCAUUUUAGGAUUUGUGGUCAUGAUGUCCCUGGAUGUUGGACUUGGAUAACAGGAGAUGCUUUCUUUCCCUACAUUUAUGACUUUCAGAAUGUAUCAAUCUGGGCCAA